GAAAGAAUCGUUCUGUAACGCAGAUAGAAAAUUGUUCAAUUCUGUUGGAAGAACUGGUCAAAUUCUCUGAAUAUUCUCUGUUGUUACAAUGACAGUGGAAGCAGGACAAUCUACACAGGCUCAAUCUGUUCAAUCUGGUCAAAAAACUGGUAUCGACUACAAUCAUCCUUUGUUUCUUUCUCAAUCUGAUGUAAGUGGUACACAAAUUAUUUCGUUCCAACUAGCAGGGGUUGAAAAUUACUCAAUCUGGUAUAGAUCCAUGAGGGUAGCCUUGCUUGGAAGGAACAAAUUAGGAUUAGUUGAUGGUUCCUGCAAGAAAGAAGUAUUUCCAGAGGAGAUGGGGAAUCACUGGGAAAGAGUGAAUGCAGUAGUAUUGUCUUGGCUGAUGAACUCAGUAGAAAAAGGGUUGUUGGGAGGUAUAAUGUAUGCUUCUAAUGCCCAAGAAGUAUGGGAGGAACUAUUCGAAAGAUUCAACAAGAUUGAUGGUUCAAGAACGUACAAUUUACACAAGGAAAUUGCUACAUUGAGUCAAGGUACUGCUACAGUUUCUGCAUACUUUUCUAGGUUGAAAAACUUGUGGGAAGAAUUUGAAGCUCUUGUUCCUAGUCCCGGUUGUAACUGUGAAAAAUCAAAAGACUUUGUAAUACAUCUUCGGAAGUUGAAAUUGUUUCAGUUUCUCAUGGGACUAAACGACUCUUAUAAUCAAGCAAGAAGUCAGAUCUUGCUUAUGAGUCCUAUGCCAACUGUUAAUCAGGCAUAUGGAAUGGUUAUGAGUGAUGAGGGACAAAGGUCUAUAGUAGCGAAUUCUGGAAUCUUGGGUGCAAAUCCUGCUUCAAGUGGUAGUAAUUUUGAUAUGGCCAUGUUUACCAGAAAUGGUUCUACAAGAUACAAGAAAAAUUUCAAUGUACAAUGUGAGUUCUGUAAAAUGAAAGGACAUACCAAAGAAGUGUGUUACAAGUUGGUGGGAUACCCAUCAGAUUAUAACAAGUUUAGAAAGAAAGAAGGACAGACAAGGAGUAAUGGUUAUAACACAAGUGCAAGGGCUCAUAAUGUGAUCAUUGAUAGUCAUUUUCAAGAAUCAGAACAAUGUGAUAUGAUGGGUGAUACAAGUGAGAAUGUAGCAGAAGGAACUAUGUCAGAUUACAAAGGCAAAAGUAUGGAAUCUUCUUCACAAAACAGAAAGACUGAGAUGGGGUUGUAUCCAUUUACUAAGGAGCAAUAUAAUCAGAUUGUUCAUCUGUUGAAGAAUAUUGGAGACAACAGUGCUGCUACAAACCCUGUGUCUUCAGCAAAUUUAGCAGGAUCUCUCCAAUGGAAUGGUGAGGGAGAUUGGUAAAGAGGAGAAUGGCUUGUAUAUUCUGACAGGAAGUUCAAAAAUACUGCAGUCUCAAAGCAAUGGUUGUGUUUGUACUGUGAAAGGAAGUAUGCAUUAGAGCUGAUUUCUGAAACAGGUCUAGGGGCGGCAAAACCUGCUAUGACUUCUAUGGAUGCAAAUGUGAAGUUAACAUCAAAGGAAUAUGAUGAGUGUGUGCUCAAAACUCAAGCAGAACCUAUGGCUGAUCAAGGCUCUUAUCAGAAACUCAUAGGAAAACUUUUGUACAUCACUAUGACCAGACCUGAUAUUUCAUUUUGUGUACAGACCUUGAGUCAGUUCUUACAAGCUCCUAAACAGUCUCAUAUGGAAGCAGCAAUUAGGAUAGUUAGAUAUCUGAAAAAAGAGCCAGGGCAGGGAGUUUUACUAUCGAGCAAUAAGAACAUUGAUAUAUCAGCUUAUUGUGAUACAGAUUGGGCUGCUUGUCCUAACUCUAGAAGGUCUGUAACAGGAUAUGUAGUGAAGCUUGGUGACUCUCCUAUCAUAUGGAAGUCUAAAAAACAAACAACCGUCUCCAAGAGUUCAGCAGAAGCUGAAUACAGAAGCUUGGCCUCAACAGUAGCAGAGUUGAUAUGGAUAAUUGGGUUAAUAAAAGAACUUGGUGUGGAGGUUACUCUUCCAGUUAAGGUGUAUAGUGACAGUAAAGCUGCGAUACAAAUAGCUGCAAAUCCAGUGUAUCAUGAAAGGACUAAACACAUUGAGAUAGAUUGUCAUUUCAUUAGAGAAAAGGUUAUGCAAGGAAUGGUUUCUACCAACUAUAUUCCUACAAAUGAACAACCUGCAGAUGUGUUAACUAAAAGCUUGCCCAGAGUUCAACAUGAAGUUUUGAGUUCCAAGUUAGGUAUUCAAAACAUUUUUAGAGUACCUAACUUGAGGGGGAGUAUUGAAGGAUUCACUUAGAUAGCUAGGUGA